GAGCCAUCGAUGAGGAAGUGUAAUUGAACCUGCUCUCUGUGUGUGUGUGUGUGUGUGUGGAGAGAGAGGAGAAGCGUCUCAUCUCUAGUACAGUAGAGUUCCUGGAGAGAGCGUCUCUCAGCAAAACGCGCGGACUGGUGACCACACCGUACUGGGAAUUACCAGGAUGUCAAGGGAAUAAUAUCAGCAACAAUGUGCCUUAUUAUUGGCACCGAGUGGUGAAGGUUUGUGGAGAGAAAAGGAGGAGGAAGAGGAGGAGGAGGAGGAGGUAGACAGCCUGGCAGACAGGUGCGACUCCACACAGCCGGUUUCAUUUCCUCUCUUGUUAAAACGUUAUCUAGAGCCAUGGAGACCCGCAGCAAGGAAAACAACAAGGUAAGAAAUGCCAUGAAAGCCAAAAAACCAACGAAGCGCAAAGAGAAGAAGAAAUACAAAACCGGGAGGUUCAUGAGGAGGAAAUCGCUGCUCUCUUUUGGGAAUUUCAUGGGAAGGAUCCUGAAAACUUUGGGCACUUUGGCGCACUUUGGCGACGCGCAGGAGCCGCAGACGGACGCGGAGGACGACGACGGCGGAUUCGCGCAAAGCGCUUCAAAGGGGGGGUUCAAAGACGAGCAGGUGACCGUGAAGAAGAGCUCCACGGUGUCUUUUUCUCACAGUGGUGGUGGCUCGGUGAAAGACAGGCUGUCGUGGUGCUACGGAGACAAGACGCCCGGAGUGCUGGGACUGAAGAACCACGGAAACACCUGUUUCAUGAACGCCGUGGUUCAGUGCCUCAGCAACACAGACCUGCUGGCUGAGUACCUCGGUUUGGAGCAGUACAAGUCGGACCUGUGCAGCAGCAGCAGCAGCAGCAGCAGGAGGAGGCUGGUGAUGAACGGAGACGUGAGAGGAGGUGAGGAGGAGCAGCAGAGCAACAGAGGAGAGGUGACCGAGCAGCUGGCGUCGCUGGUCCGAGGGCUGUGGACGCUGGAGUACACUCCACAGCUGUCUGUGGAGUUCAAGAGCAUAGUGGCCAAGUACAGCUCUCAGUUUCGGGGAAACUCUCAGCAUGAUGCCCUCGAGUUCCUCCUCUGGCUUUUGGACAGAGUUCAUGAAGAUAAUAAUCACAACCCCAACAACAACACUAACAGCAGCAGCAGCAGUAGCAAGACCAAAGCCAACGCCAAGGGACCCAGCUCAUUGGACGAUCCUUCCAGUCCCAGUUCAGCCAGCACACAGCAGCCUCGAGAUCGACACAGUUUUGUCCAGGAACACUUCCAGGCUCAGUACAGGUCCUCUCUGACGUGCCCUCAUUGCCUUAAGCAGAGCAACACCUUCGACCCAUUUUCAUGUAUCUCCCUGCCUAUCCCUCUACGACAGACCAGGCCGAUGUGUGUGACGCUGGUGUUCAGUACGAAGGGUCAGAGGUACCUGCGGGUGGGGCUGGCUGUACCUCUCCUUGGUUCCCUGUCCUGCCUGAGAGCCAUGGUGGCAGAGGAGGGCAAAAUCUCCCCGGACCAGGUCAUCCUAUCAGAGUUGUACUCCACGGGUUUCCAGCGUUCCUUUUCAGAUGACGAUGACCUGACAGCAAUUGCUGAUAGCGACGUCAUCUACGCCUUUCAGGCUCCUCCCCUCCACAGUCGUGGAGGCUCCACACCGCACUCAGGGUAUCACCACAGCCUCCCCUCCUCCCCCUACAACUCUACGUCUGGACCCGACGGUCAGAGGUUACCUCCGUCUGGCACCCACUCCACUGAAUACCUGAACCAGGGUGGCUCCACGAAGGUCCUCCUCCUCAUCUGCAACACAUCAGGAUCUGGUCAGCAGGCUGUCAGGUUUGGACCUCCAUUUCACAUGCGUGAGGACAGAAGCAUCUCCUGGGACCAGCUGCAGCAGAGCAUCCUCAGCAAGCUCUAUUAUCUGAUGCUGAAUGGAUCUCAGGCUCAGAAUGCCGGGGGGCUGUUUAAGAUCAGAGUAGUGGGAGGAUCGGCAUCCUACAGCUACCUGUCCCCACAGGACAGCAGGCCACUCUACCACCCUGCGGUUGACAGAGCUCUGAAGUCCUGCGGCCCCGGGGGACCUCCUCACGUAAAGAUUGUCAUUGAGUGGGAGACCAAGACUAAAGAAUGUCUCUUUGGCAGCAUCCAAGAGGAGGUGGUCAAGGAUGCGGAGAGUGUGAGGAGCCAGCAGCAGCAGCACCUGCAGCAGCACAGCUGUACCUUGGACGAGUGCUUCCAGCUGUAUACCAAAGAAGAACAGCUUGCCCCAGACGACGCUUGGAAGUGUCCCCACUGUAAGCAGCUCCAGCAGGGCAUGGUGAAGAUGUGCCUGUGGACUCUCCCCGACAUACUGAUCCUCCAUCUCAAGCGCUUCAGACAGGUGGGCGAGCGAAGGAACAAGCUGUCAACCCUGGUGCGAUUCCCCCUGACUGGUUUGGACAUGGCCCCCCAUGUGGUGAAGAGGAGUCAGAGUAUGAGGAACCUGAACUUGGGGGCCUGGCCACCGCCCUGGAAGCAGCCCUCCAGUCAACAUCACCAACCUGCCGACAUGAUCCUCCCCAUCGACUAUCAGUACGACCUCUACGCUGUGUGCAACCAUCAUGGAGGAAUGCACGGAGGACAUUAUACUGCUUACUGUAGGAACUCAGUGGACGCACAGUGGUAUAGCUACGAUGACAGCAGCGUGGACUUGGUGCCAGAGGAAGAAGUCUGUACCAGAGGAGCCUACAUCCUUUUCUACCAGAGACGUAACACCAUCCCUCCAUGGUCGGCCAGUUGCUCCGUCAGAGGAUCCACAAGUUCAUCAAUGUCAGACCACUGGCUAAUCCGGCUGACGGGGGACAGCAAGAGAGGCAGUCUGGUCUCUCGAUCCUCCACCACCUGCCCAUCUUCCUUACCCGACUCGCCUGAGUCUCCGGUCUUCCUUGAAAACGGUUCUAAAGAGGAAAGAGGGGGUUUUGAGAGCAGGCCAUUCAUCAGGGGUCUUCAGGGACGCAGCGUGAGCAUGAGGACCCCCAGCAAGACCAAGGACACCCUGAGCAAAGUGUUUCCCCUGCGCUGGUCCUUUGGUUCAAAGGACAGACGGAAACCAGACCCAGUGCCUCUAUCUGUCAAAGAUCCGGCCCCUGUGGAGCUGGUGCAGUAUUUGGAAUCUGGCCGGCGUCCCCGGUGCACAAAGGAUCCAAUAGCAACAUUGAUGAGCGAUCCACGCAGCACUGAGAGCCGAGCUUCAACCAAUGUCCGAUCUUCCAGUUUGAGUUGUAUGAAUAAGGCAGGAGAUGAGCCGCCGCCUGAGUCUCCACAGAUCCCGGAGGGCCAGAGGAGAACAUCAGAGAAGACGGGCAGCUUGAGACGCAGGAAGGAGAGCCAGAAAAGAGACGAAAGCACCGCGAAUAUCAGCAGCAGCUCCAGCAGUAACACCCUGACCAGGAGGAAGGAUGCCCGGAAGCAAAGCUCCUCCAAUGCUUCCCAGGAUACUGCCGAGACAAAAAGGAGUUCCGGUGCUGGAGUUCAACCCAGCUACAGCACUCCUAGCCUUCAUGAUGGGACCCUGAGAAGACAAAAAGGGGACAGGGCGGAUAGGGAACACCACGGUGCACAUGAAGGAAACUCCAAGACCAAGAAAGAAGAAGUGCCCAAGAACAACGAGGGACUGCUCUCCUUCUUUAAAGGUAACUUCUUGAAGAAGGAUAGGGACUCCAGGAAGUCCAGAGAGGGUGAGGAAGGAGGCAGAAGGACCCUCUCGAGGCUGUCGCUGUCCAACGGAGCAGCAGGAGGAGGAGCCGGGGUGGAAGGGGGCAGGUCUAAUGGCUCGGGUCAUCUGGGCGAUGAGCUGGCAAACGGGAAGGCGGGACGAACCACGACGGACAUCAAGCGCUCCCAGAGCUCCUCCAACAUCCCCACCAAAGCGGAGCAGAGCAUGCGCAGGACAGCGUCUUUGCAUCGUAACGGGAUGUCCACAGCUCCGGCACCAUCGCGCAGCCUGACAACAGACAAACCGUCUUACGGCACCCUGCAGAGGACUCGCUACAGCACGACCUCGCUGGGACGCAAAAGGACAGUCCCCGAGUCCAGCUUCUGACACGGAGAUAAUCAACACAUCCACACACACACACACACAAAGCCUUUUUAUCUGUCAUAAAGUGAAUGACGUCCAAUCACUGAGAUCAAAAGCAAUACAGCUCAAAUUUCACAGUGGAGCGCAGAAAAUAAAGAGGCUCCACUUGAGGCUUCUUGCACCACGGAGUUGAGCGACACGGAGCAAAUGAAGGGUCCUUUUAAUGCUGGGAUGUAAAGAGCAGAAUCAAAUGAUGCGACCUGUCCCAUCAAACGUCCAUUUUUAAUUCUGUUUUUUUUAUGACUUAAAACAAGUGCCUGAGCAACUAAUAUGCAGUUUAGACCAAUGAGUUUGUCUGUUUUAGCACUGGAAGCACGAAAUCACACACACACACAUGCACAUUACAAGCAUAUUAUCCGCAUUUGUGUCUUAUUACUGUAGUGUUGGAAUUCAUCGCUCCAUGUUGAAUUCUCAUGGUAGUUUGCUUACAAUCAAGACACACUGAUUGUGUUCAUUUAAUAAGAAUGUAAUGUGUCCACUUGAUUAACGGUGGUGCUUUGAGACUGCAGUUUCCAAUUAACAUUAAUUAUUCAUCUUUAAUCCCUUGUUUAAUAUUCAUUUAAAGUACUUUAGACAUAAAUGAGUGUUUCGAUACAGCAUUGACUUGUCCCCAUGUGUCUGCAGUUUAUUGUUUAUUCCGUCUUAAACCUGCAGUGGAAAGACCAGGACCUCUAGCUGUAAUAACUCGCUGGGUAGGAGUGUUAUGCUGUAGAGUCACUGACCUGAGUCUUAAUCAUUAUUUGGCUUAUACGUUGAAUCCCCUACCAGGAGCAGUAAAGCUUUAUCUGUCUACUCUGAAGUGUAAUAUUAAUGCAAUAUCCACCCUUAGUAAAUCUUUUUAUAUAACAUCAGUUAACCAUAUUGAAUGCAUUCCAUGGGUUUUGUUCUUCUUUUUUUCUCUCUUCUGUUUUGGUGGAACCACAUUGUCUUUCGUUUAUGAUUUCCUGUGUUUUUUCCUGUGAUUUCCUGCUCUCCAUCAACUGUCAGGAAACAGUACGGUGACCGUAAUUAGCACAGCGUGUGACCUUUUCUCCUGACUUAAAAUGCAGAAUGUGACUGCAUCUCAUUUUGUUAUGAAGCCGCGGUUGUAGCUGUCUAAAAAAAACACUCCCUUCUCUUUGAUUGUGAAGGAUUUUCACCAGAAUCUGACACUCACUAUUGUUGAUUUUUUUUUUUUUUUGCAAUCUCUUUUUUGAAAUAUUGCGGCAUUUGGCCAGUUAUCAGAGAGAAAAAUACUCCACAAAACACCAAAAAUUAUGCAAAAAUGUAAGGUGCAAGAGUGUCAGUGUCUGAACAAUCUAAUCUAUAAAACAUUUAAAACAAAUUUCAAAAAAGAAACAAAGUGAAAUACAAUACACAUAUGUCUUUCCUUUGUAUGUAUGCAUUAACUGUGUGUUUACCGUAAGCCAACGCACACUAACACUAAUUAGCUGUCCACACUUGCCGAGAAUUGUGCCAAGAAUAUCCCCUCGUGUCUGUUUGUACACCUGCUUGAAACACAAUCCAUCCCUUAAUACUGCAGUCAGACAGUCAAUCACAAAUGUAACUAAAUGUACAGUCAAUAGUUUUGGCAUGGACCACUCAUCUCCAUCUCAAAAAAUACAACUUUUUAACUUUUUAACAUGUGCUUACAUUUAAUUAUGGCACAGUAAAUGCAAACAUAAAAAAGAAAAUGCAUAUAGCAGUGUAUAUUGUAUUUCACUUUAUUUCUUUUGAUUUAAUUUAGACACAUUAAAUCUUCCAUAUUAAUCAGUGAGAACUCAAAUUUGGCAGUUAUUAUUUUGAGAAUCUGGAAUAAUGAAGGUUUUGCUGUGCACUUUGUCUUUCCACAGCUCAGAGUAUUAUGAUGAAUUGACAGUAUUUAUGUCCUAUGAGCGUAAUUUAUACUUAUACUUAUUUUGGACACUAUGGGGGCAACAUGCAAGCAUACUUGGUAACACUUUAUUUGAAGGGGUUGUGCAUAUAUUAUAUGACACCUGUAAUGAACAUUAAGGAGUCUAUAUGAAUGUUUAUGACCGUUGUCAUUUAGUGUCACUCGGUCAAUUAUGUCAUUUUUAAUACAAAGUUGACAUUGUUUGAGACGUCUGUUAUGACAACUUGACAUUAACCAAGACAGCAUAACCUAAUAAACAUGAGCUAUAGCAUAUGAUCAAUGUCUAUUUAGCUUUAUGUGUUAACAUUAGGCUACAUUAGGGGCCGUUCACAUCUAUUAAAACGUGGAAAAUGCCAGCCAUGUCGCUUUCAUUCUUUUAUCCAAGGUGCUUGGGAGGCUGCACUCCUGUCGCGCCUGCCGUUACUAAGCAACCAAAACCUGCGUGCUGCGAUGACUAUGAUGAUGAACUUGCUGUAAUUUAGCAGUAAUCUCACCGACUAAACUCAACAAAGAUAUAACAAAGAUAAAUGGAUUUCCAGCACCGUAAAUCCCUCACA